CAGGCCUGCGGGUAGCCGAAAGUUGACAACAACUUGAUGUCUACUUCCGGGUUCCGGUCACCUUCAUUACCAUAAGAUAAAGGUUUCAGUCGACUUGGUUUUCAACUUUAUGGAUUACAGGAAACGAGUAUCACCAUUACCCACCGUAGAAGAUGCCCCUCCGGUGGAUAGUUUCAAGCAACCAUUUGAUUCUACUGAAGCCGAGCUCCCGCUUUACCUGUAUACGAAGGAACCGAAAGGUCGAUGUAGAUGGCAGAGGGGUGCAUUCGUUGCCUUACUUGCUAUUUGUCUAGCAAUGCUUCUGCUGCAGAGAUACCAACCUCACCCGCACCUACCCACCCAAUCUUGCACACAAACCCGUAAUCCUGCCUAUCUCAUAGAGGCUGAACACGGUGCCGUUGCUUCCGAGAAUAAACGGUGUUCAGACAUUGGUGUCACCGUCUUGAAGGAAGGAGGAAAUGCUGUCGACGCCGCUAUCAGUGCUGUUUUCUGUGUUGGUGUGGUCAACAUGUUUUCCUCGGGCAUAGGUGGAGGGGGAUUCAUGACAGUUUGCAUUCCACCCUCAUCUGAGGGUGGUAGUUCGGAAGUAUAUACCAUUGAUUUUAGAGAAACCGCGCCAACCUUGGCAAAUACAGUUGGUGUUCCCGGUGAAGUUCGUGGACUCCAGGAAGCACAUGAAUGCUGGGGGAAAUUGCUAUGGACUAGACUCGUGCAGCCAAGCAUAGAUCUUGCUGCUGGAUGGGCAGUUGAUAAAGAAUUAGCGCGAUGUUUGCAGAUGUUUGCAAGACUCAUGCUCCCUAAAGAGGACUGGAGAGCUAUUUUCGUUCCAGAGGGUCUUAUGCUGCUUGAAGGCGAAACUAUUAGACGGACGAAUUACUCACGCACGCUUGCUACUAUCGCAUCCGAAGGACCCAAUGUGUUCUACAAGGUACAAGCCACUGGAGGAAUAAUGACUAAUGGAGAUCUGGAGAAUUACACUGUGAAGGUGGAUCACACUCUCCAAGGAACGUAUCAACGCUCCGAUUUUAUCGGCGAAGGCCGAACUGGCUUGAAUAUUCACCGCUUUAUAGAGGCAUUGAAGUUCGGUUUUGCAGCUCGCACAAAAAUUGGUGACUUGGCAUAUGUCACCAACGAAACAGCUCGCGUCGCCGAAAUCUCCACGAAAACCUAUGCAGAUGCUGUAGCACUUAAUCUCACUGAUGAUCGUACGCAUACCCCCGAAUACUAUAAUCCAGAUCUCUGGGUCUGGGUUUCUUUUGCAUGUGCCAGACCAUCAUCAUCAUGA